CAUGCUGGGAGCCGCACUUCCUCCCCAGGAGGCUCCAGAAACCACAGGGCUCCGGUCAGGGCCGCCGCCCCCGGGAGCGACAGGAUGGCUGAGGGCAAGGCUGGCGGCGCGGCCGGCCUGUUCGCCAAGCAGGUCCAGAAGAAGUUCAGCCGGGCCCAGGAGAAGGUACUGCAGAAGUUGGGGAAAACUGUGGAAACCAAAGAUGAACGGUUUGAACAAAGUGCCAACAACUUUUACCAACAACAGGCAGAGGGCCUCAAGCUAUACAAGGAGCUGAAGAACUUCCUGAGUGCAGUCAAAGUAAUGCAUGAAAGCUCAAAGAGAGUGUCAGAAACCCUGCAGGAGAUCUACAGCAGUGAGUGGGACGGUCAUGAGGAGCUGAAGGCCAUUGUAGGGAAUAAUGAUCUCCUUUGGGAAGACUAUGAAGAGAAACUAGCUGACCAGGCUUUGAGGACCAUGGAAAACUAUGUAGCCCAGUUUGGUGAAAUUAAGGAAAGAAUUGCCAAGAGGGGUCGGAAACUCGUGGACUAUGACAGUGCCCGACACCACCUGGAGGCGGUGCAGAAUGCCAAGAAGAAAGAUGAGGCCAAGAUUGCCAAGGCAGAUGAAGAGUUCAACAAAGCCCAGCUUGUGUUUGAAGACCUGAACCAAGAACUACUAGAGGAGCUACCUGUUCUUUAUAAUAGUCGUAUUGGCUGUUAUGUGACCAUCUUUCAAAACAUUUCCAACUUGAAGGAUGUUUUCUACAGAGAAAUGAGCAAGCUGAACCACAAUCUCUACGAAGUGAUGAGCAAACUGGAGAAGCAACAUUCCAACAAAGUCUUUGUGGUGAAGGGACUAUCAAGCAGCAGCAGACGCUCUUUAGUCAUCUCUUCCCCAGUUCGAACAUCUACAGUCUCCAGCCCUCCUACCUCACCUACCAGUCCCUCUACACUUUCCUUGACAAGUGAGAGGGAGUCCAUCUCAGCAAGUGAAGAAGAGCUAACAUCGGAUCCAGCUCAGGGAGAAGACAACUCUGAGAUUAAAGAAGAGCCAUUAAAAGAAAAGGAAAUAGAGAAAGAAGAGGCUGAAGCAAACUCCUCUGAGGAGGAACAGCCUCUGCCAGCCUGCAAUGGCCCUACCCAGGCCCAGCCCUCUUCUCCCCAGCCCACUGAGGGUGGCGAGUCCCAGGAGGAAGUUUUCUCUAGCUCCCCAGAUCCAUCCCCAGGCAGUGCCCUAAUCCCUUCAGAGCAGCCGGCAUCUCUCCCAGAAGUUGUCCUCCGAACCCGAACCUCAAGUGAAGGGUCUAAACAACUAAAGAAGAGAACCCCUGUCCAGAGGACCUCAGCACCCCCUAAUAGGCCUCCUCCACCCAGAGGCACUCCCAGCUCCAGAACCCCCUCAGGGAACAUACCCUCCAGUCCUGCAGCCUCUGAACCAGGUUCACCCACCAGCCCCAGGGCCUCCUUGGGGACUGGGCCUCCAAGUCCUAGUUCUAGGGCCACUUUCGAGAUUCCUCUUGAUCCACCACAGAAGCCAGUAAGAACUGAGGACAAAGAAAAGGAAAACACCGACAAUCUGAACCCAGAUCUUUGUACUUCCCCCACCUCGGUGACCCCUCAGGGUUUUUCAGAAUCUGACAAGGCAAGUAAGAUGGAAGACAAAGAAGAGAACAAGCUCAUCUUGGCUGACUCCCCUGAGAGCCAAGGUCUCCGGCGUCGUGCCUCUGUGGUUCCAGAAGACAGCAACAUCGCAGCACCUGAGCUUCAAGAAGAGGUAUCUACAAUUCAAAGUGCACAACUCUGAAGAGUAACUGCCAAGACCUCCCACAUAUGUACAUCUCCCAGAGAGAUUCUUCAGCUAGAGGGUAUAUAAGCACAGAGACUUAAGGCCUAACAUUCAUUUCUAGGUUCUCAAAGUGGAUGCUGGUUGUCUCUAAAGACCUAGCAUUAAUGGAGGCUGAGGAGAGACUUAGGGGAAGGAGGGAGGCAGACAGGCUUGGAAGAAGAGAUUGUUAGACUCAGGGAAUAUUUAAUUCAGAUUUUAGCAUUGUUAUAUAAUAAGACUUUAUAUAUUAAAUAAAGUGGGGCUAAAAUGACUAUAACAAGCAAAAGCAUCUAUAGAUGCAUACACACAACCAUACAUACUAGAGAACGGGAAACAAAUCUUGGAUUUACCACUCAUUUUUUCAAGACUUGAAGCCAAAAGAACAUAUUUUCAGAUUGUUAAAUAAAGGUUUAUUCUAUG